UCCGGGUUAGCAAAUGAUAGUUGAAGAAACCAAAAUUGCUUAUCUAUUUUCAAUUUAUAUAGAAAUCUACAAUUGGACAAAGAAAUGGAUGAUAUUAAUAACCUGGUGGCCCAACUACACAUUGAUGGAGAGAAAGGAACUAUUGGACCAACACUAGAUGCUCUCAUAGAGAAACUAACAAAUGAUGAUGAUAAAGAGAAGGUUGAUAUACGACAGAAAUUAUAUGAUGCUAAAGUUUUGCCUCAACUUUUGCUCCUCCUUAAUGAAGAGCCCAAACUCCAGGAAACAGUUUCCCACCUCAUAGCUGAGCUUGCGAAGGCUGAGUAUGCCAGAGUGCCAUGUGUAGAGGCAGGCUUCAUUCCACCCCUAGUGGGCCUCAUGUCUACAGACAAUGUACAUCUCUCUAUACAAGUGUGUAGAGCAUUAGGAAAUAUAUGUUAUGAUAAUGAUGAAGGGAGAACUGAAGUUGAGAAGAAUGGAGGGUUAAAAAAACUUUUAGAUGUCCUCACUAGUCAUAUCUCAAAUACACAAACUGAUGCCGAUAAGCUAAGAAUGAUUGCAUGUGGCUACUUGCUGAAUCUAACCAAUUGUAAUGAAUGUAUGCAAGAGAAGGCAAUCAAUCUGGAUGCAGUCUCUAUUAUGAAGCAGUACUUAGAACAAUGUCGCAAUGAUGAUGCUGUGUGUCACAUGGCUCUUAUGACAGUCGCAAGCUUGUUUGAUUCAGAUUUUGGUCGGGAGAAGAUCAGCGAAAGUGGAAUUUCGUCAACAGUUGUGGAUCUCUUAGAGCCUGGCAAUGAAGGAGAAGAGCCCGUUCUGGACCUACUGGGCACUCUCGCAGAAUAUGACAAAAUAAAAGUUCAGUUGACGAAGACCACUUUGGGUGAAAAGUUGAUGAAAAUAAUUGAGUCCAAUAUUGAUAAAGAUGACGAAGACAGUGAUGCACUUGUCAAUGCUGCUGCUGACCUUGUCAUAUUGAUUUUAACUGGAGAUGAUAGUAUGGACAUGUGGUAUGAAGAUGGGAAGGCUUUGGUGUUCACAAGUACAAUGCAGUGGCUACAUUCCAACAAUGCACAUCUUAGGGUAGCAGGAGCACUAGCUGUGGGCAAUUAUGCCAGAAACGAUAGCCACUGUAUCAAAUUAGUAGAAGACAGCGUCACCAUCUUCCUCCUGAAUCUCUUACGUAACCAUGGUAAUCAAGAUGGUGUAACUUUACAGCAUGCUAUAUUUAGCGCACUAAAGAAUCUCGCCAUUCCAGCUGUUAACAAGAUCAUCAUGUUGCAGACAGGAAUUAUAGAUACAGUUACACCAUUUAGCAAAACAGAUAUGUCUCCUGUACAAUUCAAACUGCUUGGCCUGUUGCGGAUGCUUGUUGAUGGACAAGAGGCUGCUUCUAUCAAAGUUGGAACAAACAAAGGUCUCAUAGAGGAAGUCAGCCAAUGGUGUAACAAUGAAGAUCAUGCGGGGGUCAAAGGGGAAUCAAUGAGACUGCUAGCCUGGCUGGUACGCCAUUCCAGAUCUUCUGAUGUCAUGAAAGUUAUUACCAAAUAUGGUGGACUGUCUCAUCUGGUUGCCAUGACAACUUCGGAGCAUGUUGUCAUGCAGAAUGAAGCACUUGUGGCUCUAAUCAUCAUCGCAUCUUCCAUACUAGCUGAAGCCAAAGAACCUCUAUCAGAGUGUAAUGUCAUAGAAACUGUCACAAAAUUAUUGUCUGAUGAGAAGACAUUGACAGAAAUUAAAGAAAAUACUCUUACCUUGAGUGCAAAACUUCAAGAAGAAGGCACGCUAAAAACUCUAAUGCAAAACAACAGUGAGUUUAUUACAGUCAUUUCGGAACUUUGCAAUAGUGAAGAAAGCAAAUUAAGAGAACUUGCAACAACUGUGAAAUCUUUAAUAGCAACAUGAUGCACUGUUAGAUUCCACCAUGCCAUUCCUGUUAUGAGAACUACUACAAUGGGUCCCUACCUGAAGUCGUGUGGCUUUUGUGAAAGAAUAUGACUCCAUUGGGAGAAAACCUGUAGUGAAUAUAUGCUGUGAAUGAUUCAUAGAAUGGGAUAAUGUCAUUGAGGAAAGUUAUCCCAGAAGAAUUUCAACAUGCAGCGUACUUUUUACAUUAUCCAGACCAUGCAUUUUUCCAGAGAGAGCUCAUU